AUGCGGCGGAGGCGGGCCGAGCCUCCCGCGUCGCGGACUCGGGCUGCAGUGCCCCCGCCCGCGCCGCGCCCCCUCGCCAUCGGCCGCCGGCCGGACGCCCACGCGGGGCUGGCUCGCUGCCGCGGGCCCGCCGGGCCGGGGUCUUGCAGAGCGGGGCGCACCGGGCGGCGGCUGCACAAAGGGUGGAGGGGCGGGGACGGCGGGCGGGAAGGCGGCAAGGAGGUCCCCGGCGCGACCGGCAGGUCUGGGGCGCUAGGAGCGCGCGGGUGCCGCGGCAGGCGCACCCAGCCCGGCUCCUGCCCGCGCUGCCCCCGGCCCACCCAGCGACACCCGGAGCCGCCGCUGCAUCUUGGCGGUGUCCGCCCCGCGCUUCCCGAGCUGCCCGCUCCGCGGGGUGGAGCCAGCCGUCGCUGGCCAGUCAGGAGAGAUCUUCUAACAGCAACGAUCUUGUCUCCCGUUCUCAGCUGGCUCUUCAGUGCCUAGAGCGGGCUGACCCAUUGCUACCUUCCAUGGACACUCUUGGAAUGAAUGAAAAUUAAUUUAAAAUUACCUUUAGGAAAUUGUGUUUAAAUGCCUGUGGCCUAAAACCUCACGCUAGGAGUGGUGAACUUUGACUGUUACCCGCAUUCUGAGUCUUUCCCUUUAAGAUCCCGUUUCCCUCUACUUGAGAUCCAGAUCUUACGCCCAAUUACACCACUUACACCGUUUGUAGUGUCACCUCUCCGAGCAUUCUUUCCUUAAAGGAGUUUUCAGAAUCAAGUAUAUGCGUAGCUCAUUUUUAUUAGGACAUACCACGCGCUGGUACUAUUAAAGCACCCUGAGCAUAAUCCACUCUAAAUACAUGUGGCAAAUACAUCCGACAAAGGACUUGUAUCCAGAACAGAGAAAGAACACUUGCAAAUCCAUUAGAAAACUCAGUGGAAAAGUGCAUAAAAGACUUGACCAAGCACUUCAUAAAUGACCCAGUAAACACGUGACAAGGCGUUGAACUUCUUUAGAAGAAUCAACACCUGUAGGGGAAAAGUAGGAGGCAUCAU